AUGCAGGACGCAGAUCUUAUGAGGCCUGACGAAGAUUGGAGGAGAGUGGGAGACCCCUUGGAGCGAAGGAAGAUUCAAAAUCGCAUCGCGCAGCGCGCCUAUAGACGUAACAUGCGCGAAAGAGCGAAAAAGAUCGAAGAAUUAAAGGAACAACUUCGAACGUAUGAGGAGUUACGCCUACACAUUGCACAAGACGAAGAUUGCGCGUAUCAACAGAGCAACAGCCCAUCACUACUGCCGCACAACAAGCGGGGCAUUGGAGCCUGGUGUCCUCCACAGCAGCCUACUCCGCCAGUAGCACCAGGCGAGGAACGGUAUCCUGUGUCACUUCCAAACGACUCUCAGUUCAGCCGCGUGCAAGUGCAACAGCAACAGCAAAUCUGCCUAGCUCCAAUGGAACAGCAAUCCGCAACCAGCACAAGGCCAGCUACACGGCAGCAGAUGGAAGGUUGGGCGCCGGCCACGAGCCAAAGGACUGUUGCAGAGCCCGUAACCCCUGCACCAAGUCUCCCAAUGGAAGGUGGAAUUUCAAUCAAGUCGACUGGGAUACUGCCACUGAGUUCAGCCGAACUUUCUCCAACGACGUACGAUGAUUUUGCUUUUGACAUGGCUGAAUUGGUCAACAAAAGCCGACAAUCCACAUCUUUGCUACAUAUGGCGGUUGCGGGGAACCAUAUAGAUACCAUCAAAGUGUUGCUGCAGGACGAAAGGGUCAUAGUUGAUGAGAAAGACAGUGAGGGCUUCACACCUUUGCAGCGGGCUGUUAUGUACGGCAGAUCGGAUAUUGUUAAACUACUCCUUGAGCAUACUGAUCUACCUCUAGGCGCCGGUGGCGGAUUCGGGACGAAUUUUUCAGGAUCAUAAAAGUAGCUAGUCAGUAUAAAGAAGAACGAAUUACGAAGCUCUACAGGUACUGCAUCAUCUCGCGACGAAGAGCAAGUAUAUAGGGGCAAUUUGAUCUCAC